AUGAAAACACUUGAAGCUACAGAUUACGGUUUUUUAACCUAUGAGCCCAAUAAUACUACAACUAUAAGAAUGUCAACAUCAGUACUACCAGCACCAACCAAGCCAGGACGACAACAAAUACAACAAAAGAAUAAAAAAAAAAUAGUUCCACAAUUAUCUUCCGAAAGUCGUCUAAUCAACUUAUCGACUACAGAUUUAAAUAUAGAUUUUGGUUCAUUAGCUCUAAAUUCAAAAAUUAUUAAUAAAAACCCAAAUACUAUUAACAAUAAUUCAAAUGUUAGGAAUAAUAAUACUAAAAAGAAAUCGAAAAUUAUAGUAGCAGAGAAGAAUGAAACCAGCGAAGAGGAAGAUGUUGAUAAUAUUAUGAAUAUACCAAGGAAAGUGUUUAAGCCCACAAAGAAAAGUGACAAAAAAAUUAUUCCAACAAAUCAAAUACUUGUAAAUAAAUCAAAUGAAGAACCUUUAGCAGUUUUGAUGGAUGAGAAUAUUAAUCCUAAUCAUUAUGUAAGAGGAGGCAACAACAAUAAUUUUAAUUUUAAUAAUUUCAAUCCACACUCAAGACCAACAUCACCGAAUCAAUUUAGGCCAUCGUCAUAUCUUUCUCAUGGGCAUCUUUCAGCACGCGAACAAGAACUUCUUGCACGCGAAACUGGCUCUCCACUAAUUAAUCUACCAGAGAAACCUAAAGGUCCACAAACGGGUUUGAUUGGAGCAAUUGCUGCAAUAGAGGUUCGUAGAAGAUCACUAGGACAAGGAGUGUUAGCGCGUCAAGCAGAAGCUGAAAGAGAGCGAGAGCGGGAACAUAGAUUAAUGGAACAACGGCAACAAUUGUUGAUUGCUGAAAGAGAUCAUAGUCUGUAUAAUCGUCCUGGUGGACCUGGUAAUGGUGGUGGUGGAAGUGAUUUUAGAUCAAGAUUUAUUUCUAAUCAACCACAUUAUGAUUUGGCACCUAUAAAUUCACAAAGAAAUUUUUAUAAUGAAGUAACAGAUAAUAAAUAG